UCUCUGUGAGGGCGGCGGUGGCGCGUCCCCUGGUUCCCGGGGAACGCGGCCCUGGCGGCGGCCGAAGAGUGCCCAUGGUGUAGGACAGCACCGGAGUUUGGGCUCUCCAAGGGCUCCGGGGCAAGGGAGCUUCCCGGUUAAUCUCGGUUUUACCUCUUUGUGUGAAGAGACACUUGGAACACCCAGCGUCUGAGGUUUGGCACCGGUUUAAAAUGCUGUAAAGCCAUUACAAACCACCCGUCGCGUUCCUUCCUUACAUACCGGCAAUAACGCCCGGAAAACAGAUACCCACUGAGCCUGAAAAAGCAUUGGAUAAAAGCUAUGCAGUGUGAUGUAUAAAGUCAGUGCGCCGAAGCGUCUCCGUCUCUCUCUUCAUAAUCCGUCCCAUCCACUGAUGGUUUUCAUUAAAGGAAAUUAAAGGCAAUACUUUGUGUCACAUUUUCGGUGAACGCUGAAGUUCUAAAACUCCAUUUUUGCCCCGAGCAUUUUUUACGUCCUAGAAUUUCACUCACUACAACUAAACAGAGAUGGCUGAAUCAGAAUCUCAGGAGGGAAACUAUGAUAACAGGGAAAACAAGGUGGAGAUCUUCAAAACAGACAUGGAAGAAUUUAUGGAGAAAAUGGAAAAACAAACCGUGUGUGCAGCCCAGAUGGCCUAUGACUGUGUAGCUAUCCGGACCGACCCAGACCUACACAACACCAUGCAGCACUUGAAAGAUGUCUUCCUGAUAUGCAAAGAGCUGAUGGAAAAGAAAUGGCAAGACGUUCUAAUGGAAUCUAGAGGUGAUGGGCAAAAAAAAGGAAUAAAUUGAAAUUGGUCAUGCUGGCAGAAUAACAUCCCUUGGAAAAUCACUCAGGUCCUUUUUUUCUCCCAUCUGUGAAGAUUUCACAGGCACUCUGGGAAAUGGAUUUUCUUUCCUCUUGCUAAGAACUCAUUUGUCAAUGUCUUGGAUGUAUUUUAAUAAGAUUACACAGAGAGCUUUGUAUAGCUGAGUGUAAAAAGCAGCAAUGUGUGUUAUUUGCAUGAUGCCCAUCAGUAAUCCUAGUAGUGUUUUCACACAAUUGACAGACCCUCUGUCCUCUUCCCUGGAAGAUCAUACUCAUUCUGUGGUCAGUUUAACUGGAAUUCUUUGAGACCUGAAGAAACUGGAGGGAUGCUGUAGAGGACCAUACAGUGGCAUUGUGCCAGCCCAUGCCUUGCUUCUUCUUCAAAAUGAAACACAGGUGAAAUUCUAGAUUUGCAGAUAGAUUGAGUUGGUUUUAUUUAGGAUUAUCAUCUAGGUGUUCAGUUACAUAGUUUUAUUAUUUAGAUAGAUCAUCUAUAGGUGUUUCAUCUUCUUUCAUCAGAUUUUUAACCAUUUCUUUGAACUGGUUUCCCCAGAAAGAUUGUUCCUCUCAAACCCUCUGAAGCUGGCAUGAAAUAAAUUUUUUUUACCAUUAUAGA